GGCAGCAGCAAACAGGCAGCGGAUUGCGGCACGCUCCUCCUCCGGCCUCGGAAGGGCGGGGAUAGGGACCUGGCAGCCUCCCCGCAUCCCCCCGGCAUCCAUCCCGGCCGCCGCACCGCGGGCAACCCCCGCCCGCACCCCAUGGGCUGCGCGGUGCCCCCGGCCCGCAGCCGCCCGCAGCCCGGCAUGGAGCCGCUGAGCGGAGCGCUGAAGAAGAGAGCCACGGAGCAGCACUACCGCGCCGAGGUGAUGAUCGCCGGAGAGCAGCUGAGGCUUCGCCUGCACGAUGGGAAGCUCAUUAAGGACAGGCGUUACCACCUCCGAACUUACCCCAACUGCUUUGUGGCGAAGGAGCUCACGGACUGGUUGAUCGACCACAAGGAAGCCCCAGACCGAGAGACGGGCAUCCGCCUGAUGCAGAAGCUGAUGGACCACUACAUCAUCCACCAUGUUUGUGACGAGCACUCGGACUACAAGGACGCCAAGCUGCUGUACCGCUUCCGCAAGGACGACGGGACCUUCCCCCUCAGCAAGGACGUGAAGGUGUUCAUGCGGGGACAGAGCCUUUACGAGAAGCUGGUGAGCGUGGAGGGCUCCAUCCUGAAGGUGAGGGAGGAGAACUCGGUGAAGUACCAGCGAGCGUUCCUGGGCUGCGAGAUGGUGGAAUGGUUGGUGCAGGAGGGAGAAGCCGAGAGCCGGAGGGAAGCGGUGGAGCUGGGCCGGGCGCUGCUGGAGCACGGGAUCAUUCAGCACGUCUCCAACAGGCACCACUUCCUUGACGCUGACAUCCUCUAUCAGUUCUGGAUCAACUUCCGACGGCGGAGGCGUCUCACCGAGCUGCUCAGCGAGAACUCCUCCCGUGCACUGUCCGAGAGCCCCGACAGCCCCUUCUGCCUCCGCAAGCUCAACCCAGAGCCAGGCAACACCAGCUUUCUCUCUGUCCAACCCAACAAGGAGAUCAAAGUUGUCUCAGCGGUUCGGAGGAGCAGCAUCACUUCCCUCGCUGGAAACUCCAACCCCUAUUUCAGCGUUACUCCCACACUGGUUUUCCCUCCUGUGGCUGAGUGCAACCCCAAAUCAGUGUUAAAGAGACCUGUCACCAACGAAGAGCUCCUGUCCCCUGGGGCCCCCUACGUCAAGAAAACGCUAACUAUCGUGGGGGAUGCUGUGGGCUGGGGGUUUGUGGUCCGAGGAGGCAGACCGUGCCACAUCCAGGCAGUGGACCCAGGAGGACCCGCUGCUGCUGCAGGCAUGAAGGUAAUGCCCAAUAUUCCUGGCUCAGGUGAGAGGAAGGGAGGUCUUGAGCAUCACUUUAGACCUGCCAUCCAAGCGUGAAUGGGUUUUGUGUGUAGAGCUGCAGGCCUGGAGUGAAUGAAAGAAGUGGAGUUUCAGUUACCCUGUAAGAAACGCAGCAGUGAGUGAGUAAUUUCCACAAGCUGACACAACCCUGCAGCCACGUGGAUAUCUGAAAUAAUGGGGUUCUUCAGAGGCAGUGUGACUCGUUUGCUUCAGGCAGGGUUGGGAGGAGAUGUGUGAAUUCAUUUCAUUUGCUCCAGAGCCCAGUUUGUUUCUCCUCACCUAAUCUAAUUUGCUACCAAAUUGCUAAAUGUUAUUAUUGUGCCUCAUUUCCAUCUGUGAAAUGAACCACUGCUCAUAAGUGAGUCUUUUCUCUCUCUGUUAGCUCAGUCUAAAUCCCUUUGGUCUCUUUUUUUAUGAUACAGUGAUUAUAGCACAGCGAUUAUUAGUGUAGCUUAUAGAGUGGCAAUGCUUUGGGCUUUGCAGGGUUUUGCAGCACGUUAUUUGCAGUGCAGCCUCUGGCUGCAGUCAGCCCUGAGCAGCAGUUGUGUGAAGGCAUCAGCUGAAGGUAACCAGCCCUUCCUCUCCCUGCAGGUGUGCCAAUUUGUUUUCUCAGUGAAUGGCAUGUAUGUUUUGCAUCUGGACUAUCAGACCAUCAGCAGCCUCAUCAUGACGGGACCACGGACUCUCAUCAUGGAGGUCAUGGAAGCCAUUGAAUGAAUGGAGGAGCCUCAUCCCACCACCAUGUGGAAGAGCAGGAUGCUGCAAAGCAGGGAUGGACUGUGGGGAGGGACCAAGCUCGACCUUUCACUCUGAAGUGUUAGGCAUUUUAACAUGUUUUCAAAUAAACACGUUCUAAUGGACAA